AUGGCAUGCUGCUCUGAAGGCAGAAGAGGUGACAUUAUGUCAAUAUGCAGACAAGGACACCUUCUGUCACAUGUUCCUAGGCUGAGGGGUAUGAGAUUGGCUGUGAUUCGCUAUAUAUGGCUGCUGGUGGCGCUGCUGGUGGCGCUGGAACCCGCGUAUGUGCAUCCGGACGAGCACAUGCAAAGUGUGGAAGUGAUGAUGCAAAAGAUAUUCGGAUUGAGAGGCACGGUACCGUGGGAGUUCCAGCCUGAGUAUGCUGCGCGGAGCUUUGCUCCUCUUUGGAUAUUCAUGGGACCUGCAUUGGUCGCCGCGCGGCUGUUCAAUGCAGGGCCGCGGGUAGUACUGGGUCUUCUUCGGAUACAAGGCUAUUUCCUAUACGUUUCACUGACGCGCGUAGCAGUGGAACUAGUCGGGCGGACGAAGCUGCGGCGGUCGAUGGCAGCAUUUCUGCUGUCAACUACAUAUGUAGUGGGGGCAUUUCAGUCACAUACAUUUUCCAAUAGUAUCGAGACGUUGCUUGCCGUUGCAGCUGUCGGGCUGCUAGAGGUGGUUAUAGCCGACGGGCGAGCCGGGCAUAGGCAUGUCCGCAUCUCCGGGGUUCUUGGUUUCUUGAUAGCGCUGGGGCUGUUCAAUCGUGUAACAUUUGCGGGGUAUCUGGGGUUGCCAUGCAUCGUGGCUUUCUGGCAAUUCUAUAGACGGCAGUGGCGGUCACUAGCAGCGUUACUAUUGUGCUUUCUGCUUACAUCCGGCGCGUGCAUUUGGAUUGAUACCCUUUCCUAUGGGACAUCUGAAUGGGUCAUCACGCCAUUGAACAACUUGCUGUACAAUAUGGAUGAGGAGAAUCUUGCUCAGCAUGGGCUUCACCCGCGUUAUACUCACAUAUUGGUCAACUUGCCCAUGCUACUUGGGCCAGGGUUGCUCUUUGCGUUGGGCGGAAUUCAGCGGCUCUCUCUUCCCCUGCUAUCAUGUGUCUCGGGGGUUGCAACAUUGUCAUUAUUCAAGCACCAAGAGGCUCGGUUUCUGUUGCCGGUUGUUCCUCUAUUUCUUAUGUCAGUGGAUUUGACCAAACUAAGAACUGUAUCCUUGACGCUCACUCUGAAACUGUGGUUGGCUUUUAAUGGCUUGAUGGUUGUCAUUAUGGGCGUGGGCCAUCAGAGAGGUGUGAUAACAGCGUUGCAUCAACUUCGCGAAGAGCCUAUUGGUGUACAAGUAUGGUGGAAGACAUAUUCGCCCCCAACAUGGGUUCUAAUGAACGAGGCGCUGACAGUCUCGACCACCAAUUUUGUUGGAGACGAUGAACGGAUUGACGAGGUGCCUUUGGAUGUCACACGGAAUCAUGUCAUAGACCUCAAAGGUUGCAACAUAGAGCUGCUAAACCAUACACUUUCGCAAUUUAUUGCGGCAGGUUCAAAAGUGCAUUUGAUUGUUCCGGACUCUGUUGCCAAGAAGACAGCAUUGUUGACAAAGCGGUAUGGAUUCGAUAUUCACCGAGAAUUCCGGACUCUCGUCCACUUGGAUUUAGAUCAUUUAGACUGGAGUGAACCUUCUAGUUUCACACCAGGGCUAUCAAUAUACACAGUUACGUGA